AUGAACAGUUUCAUAGACGAGUUGGCAUCUCUAGUGCCCACGUGUAACGCCAUGUCACGGAAGCUGGAUAAGCUGACAGUACUGCGAAUGGCGGUGCAGCAUAUGAAGACGCUACGAGGUGCUACAAACCCAUACACAGAAGCCAACUACAAGCCGUCCUUCCUAUCAGACGAUGAGCUAAAGCACUUGAUCCUCAGGGCAGCGGAUGGAUUCCUCUUCGUGGUCGGCUGUGACCGUGGAAAAAUCCUAUUUGUGUCAGAAUCGGUUUUCAAAAUUCUCAAUUAUAGCCAGAACGAUCUUAUCGGGCAAAGCUUGUUCGACUAUCUCCAUCCAAAAGACAUUGCCAAAGUGAAGGAGCAGCUUUCCUCUUCGGAUACGGCUCCCCGGGAGAGGCUCAUCGAUGCAAAAACGGGGCUCCCCGUCAAGACCGAUAUCACCCCAGGACCGUCGCGGCUGUGUUCCGGGGCCCGGCGAUCGUUUUUCUGCAGAAUGAAAAUGCAAUCGACCUUCAGUCAAAGUAGAAGACAAAGAUUUCCCCUCCAAUUGUUCGGGGACAGGAAAAGUUUUUGCACUAUACACAGCACUGGGUAUCUGAAGAGCUGGCCGCCUACGAAGAUGGGGCUGGACGAAGAUAACGAGCCGGAGAGCGAGGGCUGUAACCUUAGCUGCCUUGUCGCCAUUGGUCGCUUACACCCGCACAUAGUACCGCAGCCUAUCAACGGGGAGAUCAGAGUCAAAUCCACAGAGUACGUCUCGCGGCACGCCAUCGACGGGAAGUUUGUAUUUGUAGAUCAAAGGGCAACCGCCAUUUUAGGGUACUUACCGCAGGAAUUAUUAGGGACGUCGUGUUACGAGUAUUUCACCAGGACGACAUUGGGAACCUCGCCGAGUGCCAGAGACAAGUGUUACAGACCAGAGAAAAGACCACCACGAACUGUUACAAGUUUAAAAUCAAAGAUGGUUCCUUCAUCACCUGAAAAGUCGCUGGUUCAGUUUUUCAUGAACCCGUGGACCAAAGAAGUAGAAUAUAUCGUCUCCACCAACACUGUUGUUUCGUUUAAGUUUUGGACGGAGCCGGAGCUUUCACAUGACCUAAGCCUGCACUGGUGUCUGUGCUUUGAGGGUCCAUCCACCUCACUUGGACCCCUUCCAUGGGCAGAUGAUGUGCUGCCAGCUCCUGACCCCACCAUGCCACCUCUCGGACCUCAGAUCAGAGUGGAAUACAGAGCUUGA